AUGGAGGCUCAGUCAGUGAAGCCGAUCUCCAGCCCAGUUCCUGAGGCAUGGUAUCCAACUCUGGCGGUGUUGAUGCUCGCUGUUGGUCUCAUCGUUACCGCUUCCUUCUUCAUAUACGAAGCUACCAUCUCAAAGAAGAACCGCAGCCUUGCUAAGGAGCUCUCCACUGGAGCAGUGGCAUCAGUCUUUCUGGGCUUUGGGUCCUUGUUCUUGCUACUUGCUUCUGGGGUUUAUGUUUGA